GAUAAGUAGCUAUCUAUGACUUAAAGGUAGAGGAGAAGCAGUUUGGAGUUUUUCAUUUGGAGCGUCUUGCUCGGUUUCUUUCUGUUUUCCUGUCGUCCUUGGAAUCCAAUCGUGUGGCAAAGAUGCCCACCAACGGAAUCAACAAAGCCUUGAAGCUCCAGUUUGGGCUCAUCAACUACGAAAACCGCUACCUAACAGCAGAGGCCUUUGGCUUCAAGGUGAACGCUUCUGGCACCAGUAUGAAGAAGAAGCAGAUCUGGACCUUGGAGCAGGACGAGCAGGACGGCCAGGUGGUUUUCCUUCGCAGUCACUUGGGACGUUACCUGGCGUCCGACAAGGACGGCAAGAUUAUGUGCGGGGCUGAAAGUCCCGACACCGAGUGCCGCUUUCAGAUCGUCCCCCGGUCUGAUGGCCGUUGGGCGCUACAGUCUGAGUCCUACCUCCGCUACUUUGGAGGCUCUGCCGACUACCUGUCCUGCUUUGCCCAGGUGAUUGGCGAGCAGGAGUUGUGGGCGGUCCAUUUGGCCUUGCACCCGCAGGCCAGUUUGCUGAGCGUGGCGCGGAAACGCUACGCUCACCUGUCAGCCUCCGACGGCGAGAUCUCGGUGGACAGCAACAUCCCCUGGGGGGUGGACUCCUUGGUCACCUUGGUCUACCAGGACGGCAAGUACAGCCUGAAAACCUGCGACGGGCGUUUCCUGAGUAAUGAUGGCAAACUCGUCAAGGGGAACACCAACGCGACCAGUUUCACGCUGGAGCUGAAAUCAGGCAAGCUGGCCUUCAAGGACUGCGACGGCAAAUAUCUGACCCCGGUGGGUCCCACAGGAACGCUGCGAUCCGGCCGAUGCUCCAAGCCGGGCAAGGAUGAGCUCUUUGACCUUGAAGAAAGCCACCCGCAAGUCGUCUUUCAAGCCGCCAAUAACAGAUUUGUCUCCGUCAAGCAAGGUGUGAGCAUUUCAGCCAAUCAGGACGCAGAAACAGACAUGGAGACUUUCCAGAUGGAAAUUGACAAGAGGAGCAAAAAGGCCACGUUCAGGACAAACGGGGGAUCCUACUGGACUCUUGUGACUCACGGAGAGAUCCAGUCCACCGCAUCAGAAGUAGAGAUCAAUACAAUGUUCGACAUCGAGUGGCGAGGCCAGCGAGUGGCUCUCAAGGCUAGUAACGGCAAAUACGUCUGCACAAAGAAAAACGGGCAGCUCUCAGCAGUGAGCGAUGCAGUAGGCGAGGAUGAAUUGUUUCUGAUGAAGCUCAUCAACCGACCCAUGCUGAUCCUUCGCGGAGAGAACGGCUUUGUGUGUCACCACAAGAACUCCAACACUCUCAACGCCAAUCGAUCGGUCUACGACAUUUUCUCACUGAUAUUCAACGACGGAGCCUACAACGUGCAAUGUGUGACUGGAAAGUUCUGGUACGUCUCCAGUAGUGGCCUCGUGUGCUCGGACGGAGAUAAGGCUGAAGAUUUUUUCUUGGAGUUCCUGGAACACGGGCGAGUAGCUAUCAAAGGUUCCAACGGGAAGUACCUUCGGGGAGACCAAGGAGGCACGCUGAUGGGCGAUCGCACUUCAGUUGAUGCAUCGUCUCUUUGGGAGUACUAAAACCUCAUCAAGUCAGUGUCCUAACACAGUGCAAGACCAUAAUGAGAAGCAUGAAGAAGCUGCUGCUGUCAGCUCACACAAAGUGGAUUGGCUGGCUAACAUUUUCAUGCCAUCUUUUUAUACCAGCAGCCAGAAGACGCCCAAUUGCAUUUUCCAGUCAAGACAUUUAGGGAGACGUGUGGUUUUGUUUAGUUUUUUUUUUUCAAAUGACCGCAUCAUUGGCAACAUGAUGGAAAAACACAACCAGUUAA